AUGACUCAGAAACGACCCAACUUUCUCGUCAUCCUCGCCGACGACUUGGGCUUUUCCGACGUCGGCUGUUUUGGGAGCGAGAUUCACACCCCCAACCUCGACAAGCUUGCCAGAGAGGGUACCAGAUUCAGCGACUAUCACACCGCGUCGGCAUGUUCGCCCACGAGGUCCAUACUUUUGAACGGGACGGACGCGCAUCUCGCAGGAUUGGGCGUCAUGUACGAAUUCAUCGCAAGUUCAACCAUCGCUCGCGACCCGGAACGAUGGAACAAACCCGGCCACGAAGGAUAUCUCAACCACGACGUCGCUGCUCUGCCCGAGGUCCUCCAAGAUGCCGGUUAUCAUACCCUACUUUCUGGCAAAUGGCAUCUCGGCUUCAAGGAGGGAUUCAUCCCAGCCGGCAGGGUUUUCGAUAAGAGCUGGGCAUUAUUGCCUGGGUGUAGUAAUCAUUUCGGAUGGGAGCCGGCGUACGAUGAGGCGGGAAGACCGAAGGUUGUUGGGCAUCAUCCCCCGUUGUGUGUCGACCAAGCGACACGCUAUAUGGUGUGUAUGAUCUUCUUCGAACGUGUGGGUAGUAAAGUUAACAAAACUCGUAGCACACCAAACAAGACCAACUCCCCCGACGGCUUCUACUCUUCCCAGUUCUACGUCGAUAACCUCCUCAGAUACUUUCACGAACCGGUCCUUCGCCUUCAGCGCUUGGAGAACCUGAAAAAGCUAGGCUUGAUUCCCAAGGACGUCGACCCAGCUGAGGUAGUGGCCAAUGGGGCGAAGAACGGGGAAGAGAUGAGCGUCUGGGAGAAGAAGAUCGGUAUGGUGCAUGCGAUGGAUAGGGAUAUUGGAAAGGUUGUCGAUUACUUGGAGAAGAACGGGGAGCUGGAUAAUACUGUGGUGAUCUUCAUGUCGGACAAUGGGGCUGAAGGUGCUGCUCUAGUUUCAGAGGCUACGCCGACCAUGGGCCCGAGGCUGCUGGAAACAAUCGACAAGUACUAUGACAAUAGCUACGAGAAUCUCGGCAACCACAACUCUUUCAUCUGGUACGGUCCCCAAUGGUCCCAAGCUAGUACAGCUCCGAAUCGACUAAUGAAAGCAUUUUCCACCGAAGGUCCGUCCUCUCCUGUCGUCAGCCUGUCGUCGUUUUCGCUCUUCUCGCUGACUUUGGUCAUCAGGCGGGAUCAGAGUACCUAUGCUCAUCCGAUACCCGGGCUUCAAUCACCUUCCUCCCGGUUGCAUUCACCACCUGCAUGGACCUUAUGCCCACUUUCCUCGACCUCGCGGGCGCUCAACAUCCCCACCUCCCCCACCGAGCGCGUCCCUUACAGAGGACACCAAGUCUACCCUGUGAGCGGCAAAUCGUGGGUUCCAGACCUGCGUGAUGGGCACACAUUCACUGACAAAGAUGGCGACGAAAGUGAAGCCGUCCACGGAGAGAACGAUCAUCCCGUCGGUUGGGAACUGCACGCCCGCGCGGCUCUACGCAAAGACAGAUGGAAGAUUGUCAACCAACCUUUAGGCGAGCAUGGUACGGGUGGCUGGGAGCUGUACGAUCUCUCUACCGACAGAGGGGAGAAGCACUAUCUAGCUCAAAAACUGCCUGACAAGUUGAAAGAGCUGGUAGCGGACUGGGGACGGUAUGAAGAAGAGACGGGGACAGUAUUUGGGCUGCCGAUUAAACAUGUUAGGGGGCAUGGGGAGCUGAUACGGAAAGAGAAUGUAUCAGGGGAUGUAGUGGAGGAUCAAAAAGCUUGA